AUGGAGGAGCUGGGCGGCGACGAGGACAGCCACAGCGAUGAGACUAUGGUGGAGGGUUCCAUGACGGAUAGUGAUGUGGAUGAAGAAGAGUUACAUAGGAGGCUGCGGUUCCCUUUUCCUGAUGUGGACAUGGCUUUAACAGCUCCAAUAAGAAUUGAUGAAGGAUCUCGCUCUCCAGAAAUACAUUUUGUACAUAAAUUUCAUGAACCCACAUGUAGUCAGAAGGAAGAACAGGUAAAUCUGAUACCUCAAGACGCAUGCGCAUCUGACCAGUCUCAGUCUCUACUGCAGGGUUGGAUAAACUGUCUAUCAACUACUGAGAAUAUUUCUAAGACUGAUUUUUCACUAAAUGCUGCAGUAGAGGAACAGCAAAAUAAUUAUGUGGAUACUGAAGUGAAUGGAGUUCAGAAAGAUUCAGAAGAAAAGUCGUUAGAGGAUUCUUGCACUACCCGAUACAGAGUAAAAGAAUGUUCAACAAACACUGAUGCAGGGCUUUCAUUGACAUCCUCAGAGAAGAUUUUCAUGGAAACAUUCAUUGAUGGAUUAUAGAGACUGGUGAAGCUUGAUUCGUUGAGAUCCCUUAGUGAUACUGAGGGUCUUAAAAUGAUAAACCUAGAAGUUAAGUGUCAGGGUCCUGCCUUUCCCAUUUAUCCAUCUGUGGACGAGAGCAGUAAUGCUUUGCCAGUAGAGCUUCUGACAGCAUUGAAUUCCUUGUCAGGAUUUUCAGUAUAAUCUAUCAGUCCUGUAGUGCCAUAUGAGUGCCAAGGGGAAGAGCAGUUAAAUUCAGAACCUAGAAUUCUGUGGUUAGGUGAUGACUGCGCACAACUAACAAGCAUGACUGAGCCUCAGCUUGCUACAAUUCAUGUCAAAGAAAUAAGAGCCUUAACAGGAUGCUUCUGCAAGAGUGAGCCUGUAGGUGAUCAGCAAGGAGACAAACAAGUCAUUUCAGAUUACUGUGGUGUCACCCCUGGUGAAGAGCAAACUGAUGAGAGACGUUCACAUGCAGUGGAGGCUGCAGCAUGUGCAGAAACGGCCCAAACAACACCAAGAAAUGCAACGCAGUUAAGAGAGACCCCCUUAAAAUGCGGAGAUGUUUCCAGUCAUCACCAGAUCUCAGAAGACACUCAGCAGGGAAUAUCUCACACUGACAAAGCUAAGAAUUUUGAAAAAAUUCAGGAAUCUACUUCUAAAGACAAGAAUGAUCUAGAAGUCAACAUAUGCCAAGAAAUAACUCAGAAUAAGGAUGGAAGAAAGAAUACUGAGAGAAGGAGGAGCAAGAGAAUAGAAAACAAACAGAAACAAGAAGCCUUUUGUAGGAGUUUCGUAAAUUUUGUUUUCCCCAUUUCACUUUCAACAAUCAAUAGGAGGAAUAUGUAUGGGGAGACCAUACUGCACAGAGCCGUUGCUCAACAAAAUAUAGACUUUGUACGCAAUAUAAUAAAAUCUGGUGGAAAUGUUAAUGUUCAGGAUUAUGCUGGCUGGACUGCACUGCAUGUAGCAAGUGUGGAAGGCUUUUAUGAAAUAGCAAAUGUGCUUUUGAAAGCAGGAGCUGAUGUUAAUGCUAGAGGAGAUGAACAAAUAACACCAUUGCAAGAUGCAGUUAAAGAAGGCCAUUAUGAGAUCGCAGAGUUACUACUGUGGUAUGGAGCUGAUCCCUUACUAAAAAAUGAGAUGGGAAGGUGUGCAUUAGACGAACCUUCUGAUCUGCCUAUGAGGAAGCUGCUUGAAAGCUAUGUAGCAACCUACAGAAGAAAUUCCGUAUCAGGUGGAAAUGAUUCAAAGAAUGUGUUAAAUACUCAGAGUGUCAAGGAUACAAAGGUACAUCUUUACAACUUACAGGCAGAUGAGUCAGAACCACCAUGUGCAGAUGUUGCAGAUUCAAGUAGCGCGGACAUACCACACCAGACUCUUGUAAAUGAGGUGCAAAACAUUAGUACUAAUGUAUCUGAGGAUGGCACCAGUUGCACUGAACAGAUGCUUCAAGCAAACACAGAAACACUGUUAGCACACGAGGUUUUAGCAGCUACCAAUGGGGAAAGUGUUUCUGGAAGUCCUCAUAAUUCUACUAGUGGUGUACUAAGCACUACUGAAGAAAACGUUCCACAGCCAGAGGAAGGAGAGCGGAUCGUGCUAAAUGCAGAAGAAAGAAUUGAAGAAUGUCACAUGGAAACUGAAGAUAUUACUAGUUUAGAGACUGAGCCUGUAGUUUUACAACUCCAUGAAAAAGACACAAUUCAAAUUAGCCAAAAGAGAGAGGAUCUUCCAGAGACCAACUUAAAAGCAGAUUUACAUUUUGGUAUUAAUGCAGACAGCAAUUCUCCUUCUUCAUUUCAGAUUGUGGAAAAUGUGCAGAAAGAAACCUCCCAGAAAACAGAUGAAGGAGUAUUUGUUGGAGUAAGUGGAACAGAAUGCACUGGAAAAAACGGAGACAUAAAUGCAGUGACCAAUGUGCUUUCACAGUUUACUGAAGUGGAAGUCCGAACUAAGAGAAUAGGGUUAGACCUUCAGAAGACAAGCCAACAGGCAGCCUCAUAUUCCAGUGGCAGCAAAAACAAGCUUUCCUGUAAUCAGACACAAUUCAGUCAACCAUCAGAACAGCAAACAUCCAAGAAAUCAGAGUCCUUCCAAUCUACCAGAAAAGAAGUGGUAAUUUUACAUGGCACCUAUAAUACAAGAUAUAAGAAGAAGAUGACAACGAAAAGAAAUGCAAAUGGGGAAACUCCGCUGCACACAGCUGCUAGGAGAGGAGAUUUACGUUUGGUGAAAGCUCUAAUAUCUUUUGGAAUUUGUGUCAAUGAUCAGGACAAUGCAGGUUGGACAGCAAUUCAUGAAGCCUGCUGCAGGGGCUUUACUGAAGUGAUCUCAGAAUUACUGAAAGCUGGUGCUGAUGUUAACAGCAGAAGUCUGGAUGGUAUUUUACCCAUUCAUGAUGCUGUUUCUGGCAAUUAUUUGGAGGCAGUCAAGAUUCUACUACAGCAUGGAGCAAAUCCGUGUGAGAAGGAUGGUUCAGGGAAAACUGCUUUGGAUCAAGCUUGUAAUGAUCAAAUGAAAGAAUUGCUGAAGUCUUACAGCAGCAUGGACUCUGCACUUCCUGUUGAGACUACUGAAAUCACAGAGAGGAGAUAUUCACUGAGGUCAAGAACAUCGAAACAUGGUUGUUGCAACUUCUAUAAAAAUGAUGGUGCAGCUUUGGAGUCACAACAUGAGAAAUACAGUGUGUCUGUUGCUGCCAUACAAGAUGCAGAAAAGAAGCAAAAGGAACUUUUGCUCUUUGAAUUGAGAACUUCUACAGAUGCAGAUCUGUAUAUCCGAAGGCUGUCUCAGACCCAAGACACUUUGAACAAAAUGCUUGCAAAACAGAAAACAGAAAGGGAUACCCUUGCUAAAAAAUACAGGGCUUCAGUGGAAUCUUUCAAAAAAGGAGCACUGAGAAAACAGUUAGUUAACCUUGCUUCUAGGCAAAAGAGUCUGUUGACUGUUGCCCAAAGGCAGGAAGGAUUAGUCCAGAAAAUACAAAAUUACAGAAAAACAAAGCAAGUGUUCAGUGCAUCAUGUUCAGAGAAGCAAAUCUCGAUUUCCCAUGGAAAUGAUAUAAGACAAGAUUUAACUGCAGAUGCAAUGAUGUGUCCUGAUGUAGUUACAUUUAAUAUGGGGCUUGGUGCCAGUAUGCCUAAUGGUAACCACCUAGAAGCACAUCACUCUUCAGAAAAUCAGAAAUGCAGCCAGGAUCCACAUAUCUGCUUUGAUGAGACAGGAGCAAAUAAGGAUGGAAUUAGAUGCAAAGAGGCUUCUGAUCAUGCUUUGGUAUCCAAAAACAGAGUAAGAGAAGAUCUCUUCAGCAUGUCAAAGCUGACAAAUGCUGUGGAAGUGGUGACAUUGCCUUCAGAGCCUGCUGUUUCUGCUACUAAAACAAAGUGCUCGCAGCAAAAAGAUAUUGAUUGUGUAGCUUGUGUAGCAACUGCAAACCAAGGAAAUAGGUCUUUAAAUCCUGCUUCAGUGGCCAACACAUUAAAUACUGUAGAAGCCCUAAGCUCUACAGUUGUUGUCAAUGUCUGUCAGCCAGGCAGUAACUGUCAGCAGGUUCUUACAGAUGAGGAUCUACACAGACAUGUGAAUAAGGAAGCAGCAGCAGUGAUAAACAGCAAUAAGCAGCAUCAGCAGCAACAGCAAAUGAUUUUGUUAACACCUAAAAAGAACAUCCCUAAUACUCUGCAGCAAACUAUCUCUUGGAAUAAUGACAACUCAUUUAAUGUCAAUUCAGUGCUUACAAAUCUUUCCUCAAAUACAGACUAUCCAGUAAUCCAGAAAUCUUCCCAGAGCUACAGUAAUCAGGGAUGUGAACAAAAGCAAGUGAGACGUAGAAGAAGAAAUAGCAGAAAACUCCAGUUGAUAGAUCUACUUGAACUGGGAAGAAUUAAGCCCGGAGAAAAUGUUUUAGAACUCAAACUGCAGGAAUUUAGUCAUAAAGCCACGCUCUUAAAAAAUGGCAAGAUCAGAACCAGUAGGAGUCAAAUACUCCAGAAUCCAGUUCAGUGGGUUAAAGACCUACUGGGAAGUGAUAUUUAUGUGUCAUGGCAGUAUGCAUGGAAUAAGGUUACGUAUCUCGGGACACAGUUGUCAAAGUUUUGUGCUGAAGAGGUGGCAGAUUCCAGUGACUGGGAAUUACCGUCACAAGAAAGAGAGUCUUUGGGAAAGAAUUUUAUCACAAGGCACUCCAGCAACUACAGCCAGCACCAUCAGAGUCAUGGUACUGUCUCUAUUACUCAGCGUCCUGGGAACUUUGUCCUGAGAGAUAUGCAGCCAAAGACCUAGCCCUUGCCCCAAAGAGGUGUGAAAAUAUUGCUAUACACUGAUACAGAAGCAGCUAUUACCAGGGAAUUGAGGAGGUCUUCUGUCUUGUUCAAUUCAGUGGAAGGUCUGACACAUUUUCUUCAAGUCCGUGAGAUAGUAAUGGUAUGUAAAGAGGAGUUUCUGCCAUGCCCUGUAAUGGAAAAGCACUGGAGUUUCUACAAAGAAUGUGAAGAUUUUGGAUUCUAG